AUGCUUCAGAUUACUGGCUUCCGCUACGGUAGUCACGAUGACCUCUACGUUGACGUCAAGGGGCCGAGCUCGAAGGCUCGAAUCCAGAACCCGGGUCUUAAUGGUAUUCUCGAUGUCAACCCUGAGCAUGUCAAUUCCAUCCUCGACCUUGCUGAAACUCUUGAGGUAAGUACCACCACUCAACUACCUGACUUCCAAAAGCUCGGCAUUGACCGAAAGAUCGCAAAGCAACUAAAGGAUGAGCUGCGUGAGUUUGGAGCGUCCAUCAAAAAUGUACUCCCGCCGAUCGCCAUUCGAGACAUCACCUGGAAGACGAUCUACAUAACCCAUGGCAUCUUUGUGGGAUGCGAGCCGGACGAGUUCGAAGGCUACGAGGACAACGAUUACCAUGAUGACCUCCGCUCACGUCAUUCAAGCUUUAGCACUUCUUUUUCCGACUCCGGGGAUUCAAAUGGAGUCUUCUUCGACAGAAACGAUCGCAAUACUGUCGAAGCCCCAAUCGUUCUUGCUCUCGCCGAUUUGCCCUACUUGACCACAUUUACAGACCAGAACGGCACAAAGGAGCGCUCGGUGAUCUUCGCCAACGAAUUCUUUGAGAUCCGAAGAUCCCUCAAUACCGGCUGGGGUGCCUUCGCCGUCAAGGAACUUCACGAGGGCGACCAGAUCCUUGUCGAGAAGGCUCUAUACUACUCCAUUCACGAGGAUGUUGAGAAGUCGGUCCGGGGACUCUCGGAAAAGGAGCGCACGAUUGCGAACGACAUGUACGCCUACUACAGUCGUGACGGAGAGACGCUUGAGGAAGCAAUCUGGAGCACGAACUCGUUCGUCACCCGUUUCCCGUUCAAACCUGACGCAGAUGGUAUCUCCAAACACCGCACAGGAUUCACUCAAGACGUAGCCGGCCUCUUUCCGGUUGCUGGUCGCUUCAACCACUCCUGCUCCCCGAAGAUCAGCUACCGAUUUCGAUCCGAGCAUGAGGCUCUGGUCUUCACUGUGAGCGACUGGAUCAUUCGGACUGGCGAUGAGCUGACCAUAUCCUACGGCAAAGAGCCACCCGUGCUGUACUACAAGUACGGCUUCAGCUGCGAGUGUGGCUACUGCGCAGGAUUUGACGCGAUACAAUCUGAGUGGUGCUGA